ACUUAAUGUAUGUACAAUUACUCUUAUUACUCAAUGUUCUCUAUGUUUGUUACUUCCCGUUUUCGAAUUUUACUCUUAGCAACUCUUAUGUUCGGAAUAAGAUGUUAUCUAAUUAAAUCGUGAAUUAAAAAUGUCUGAAAAAGCGCUAAGAUUAUUUGGCGAGGCAAUCCACUGAAAGUGAGGGGCGAACAAGAAUGACGGAACCUCCCAAAUAAUGCUCUCUAUGUCUAUCCCUGAGUCCCUGUGUUGUUUGUUGUCUAUGUUGUGUUAUAGCUUGUUUUUCUUGUGUUCUAAUUUGUACAAAUGAGGAGAGGGUUCCUUUAUUUAUAAUUAAACCUCCUUAACAUAGGUCGUCUUUAUUGUUUUAAGUGUGGUGGGCAUCACAUAUUUUUUAGACUGUUCCAGAUCCUUAGAUUCAAGCUAAGUUAGUUAGGCCCUUUCUAGAACCCUACAGCUUCUAGAGUUUUUAUGAGCAUUGAAUCUGAAGGGUUCAGGCACUCUUACUGAGUGCUCGCACCUAGAGGCUCCCCAAUCCUUCUGUGCCUUGGCGUUACUUUGCCGUCAGCUAGGACCUUUCAAAAUCUUUCUCUUUUGGGAACUAUGGGAACUAUAGAGCCUGCACCUGAUCUUUCUGAAACCUUUUGUACCUGUGCAUUUAACCUAUCUCUAGGCUAUUCUAGAGUUUUCUGUGUUUGUCUGCCAGCACCAUAUUUCUGAGACAUUCUAGAUCCUUCCACUGACUUUCAUAUUCAACACCAAGUUGCUUACCACGAGUUUACUCCCACCCCUUGACCUUGGUUCUAACCCACACAGUUGAGUCUCGUAUAUAUUUUUAAGACCUUAAUCUCGAUCCUUUCUGAUUCUUUGUUAGUAUCAACUCAAACAAACAACGUCACACGACCCAUUUAGGUUAGAAUUUGUACGCAGGUCGUGACACAUGCACCUGCUAACACAGGAAGCCCUGUUCCUAUAGAAUUAUCGAAACAUGCCGGUACAAGAUUUUAAUGAGUUAAAAUUUUAUAAUCUUUUUUAAGUCAUCAAUCGAAACUCAAUCUCAGUUUUCAAACAAACCUCCUCAUGAACAGAUCAGCCCAAUAUUAAGCUCCUAAGACGGGGAGGCCUUCUCUUCAUUUAUCAAACUUUAAGCCCAUUUGAUGGGAUAACAGAUGCUAAGUCAAGUCAAGUCAAGUUUCCUCACCCAGCAAUAGUUUGCCUUUCAGUAUUGUCCAAACAAUUCGUUGAAAGUCGCUGUCAGGUUCUUUUUAAGCUACAGUGAAUGUUCCUCUAAUAAAAUGUAGAUUAGAUGUUCGAUUAAUUGCCCCACAACCGAUUUUUCUUGGAAGUAGUUUUUGGACCAUUAGUUAGACAAGUUUAGUUGAUUUGUAAUGGAUUUAUCACUAAUUCAGUUACUACUUCCAAAUUGGGUUAGACCAGUUUAGUUCCAAUGGCGACUACCCCAGGUCCUCAAGAUAAAAGAAAGCGCGCUCUAGAAGCAUUAGAGCGAAGGUUUGCCGUCGCGAAAGCUGAGCUUCUUCAACAACAGAAGAAGAACAAGAAGACAUCCGCUGUGGAACGUGGAAAAGAAACUUUUAGCAUUAAUUCUUCCCUGACCUACGCAUCCAUUGUUCUCUCCUCCAAUUCCUCAUCAAAGAGAGAUGUUGAAGAAAUCGAUCAGGCUUAUUCCCAACUCUCGGAACCUAUACAUGACAAUUUGCUUCCGGCUAAUUCCAAGUUUUCCAACAAAAAAGGAAGCAUGGCUGAUAAGAUAUUGCAUGAACUUCUUCAAAGUGGGGAUUAUGCUCAUAAAUAUAUGCAAGGAUCUAGAAGUAUCAAAAUUGACAAUUGGAUCCUUCUUGAUAAUUACGUACACGGGCGAGUUAUGUCUACUGGCUCUCACAUCAAGGCUUUGAAGAAGCACUCUAAGCGCUCUAAAAGCCACAUGUCCAUGAAGCAGCUUAAGAAAUCUGGAGUUUUUAAGUUGCCUCAAGCUAUGCAAAAGUUUGAUACAUUUAAACCAAUGCAUGAAAUGUGGAAAGCCUACAUGAAUCAACUUCUUAAAAUUACUGGAAAAAAUCAGGUUGCUCAAUGUCUUCUUGGUGCAGAUCUGCAUAGAGCUCUUAUUCUAGUGGCCGAGUGCAUGAUAACUACUUCACUGGAGUGAGUGGUAUUAUGAUCCGUGAGACUGCAGAAACAUUUGGUUUAGUUACCCAAGAUGAUAAAAUCUAAGGGUUCAAACUCUCUGUUCCUUGAGAACUGGAUGCUGUAGAAGUUGUGCCAAAAAAGGUAUCUGUCUUCAUAUUCCAAGUUAAUUGCCAGAAAAUUACAUUACAAGGGGACAAACUCACUUCAAGAAACUUAGGUUUGUGAUGUUUAUCUUAAACAUCCCAUUCAAGUUGGAUAGGAGUAGGCCACAGAAAUUUUGUAGCAUUUUUAUCUGAAAGAGAAUUUAUCAAAAGAAGAGAAUGGCUGCUUCUUACAGACAUGCUCUAUCAAUGUGGUUAGAGCCUACGGUUGUGGACAAAGUCUGUACAGAAAAAAGGGGGAAAUUUUUGUAUUGUUCCUUACGUGCUAAAUUUUCAUACUACAUAUUGUUUCUGGAUUUAGCACCUUUGAUACUAGGAAAACUGAAAACUAGGUGCUAUAAGUAAUUUUCUGGCAACUUAAAAGUAGAACAGUAGUACUGGAUCCUUUCUCUAAUUUUUCAGUAGGAUAAUCAA